AUGGAGAUGACUGGCGGCUGUGAUCUGCAGCCUGAAAGGAGAGGGGACAUCUCAACAGACGAUGACUCUAACAGCUUAUUGAAUGAUCACAGUUAUUCCCAACAUGGAGGACUAGCUGAAUUCAUGGAGCAAGGUGAUUUAGACUCACAAAGAGAUAAUAAAAAAGCAAGAAGAUAAAACUAAAGUGAGUGAACUUAGACCAUCUGGUCCAGAGAUCUACAGCAGCUCACGGGGUAGAGCGGGAUGUUAUGAGUCUACUUUCCAAACAUGUCAGUGUUACAAACUCCAGAUACAGCACAGUGCAACAGAUAUUUGUUUGACGUUUCCUGUCAAAACAAAAUAAAUGGAAAAUUUUUUUUACAGGAUUUCUUUGUCAAAAGAUAAUUUACAAAUGCAUAAGAGAGUUUUCCUAGCAGAGAUGACCUGACCGUAGCCUGUUUUAUGAACUCUUACCUCUGUGUCUUGUAUAUGUGCUGCAAUAACAAGUUUUAAUCUGUUUUCAGUGCAACUGGAGACCUUUACAUUGACUCUGGUGUUACUCUAUAUAAUUCUUAAGGUCUAUAUGUGUAUUUAAGUGACGUCUGGAUAUUCUAUCAGCUGAAACAAGCAGUAACAGCAGUCAUAUAAAUGAUCCUUUCGCAGAGUGAACAUGCAUUGGGAGUGUGUUGCAUUGACAUUUUGAUCAUUUUGUUAUUCAUCUUUAAGCACCAAAUUCCCAGCAAAGUGUGAAAAUCCCCAACAGCACACUCUACAAGAGAAAUGGCUGGGGAGAGACCUAUCUGCACAGAGCAUGUAAGAGAGGAGACCUGCAGACAGUCAGAGCACUGAUCAAGGCUGGGAUCAGCGUCAACAUGGAGGAUAAUGCAGGUCUUACACCGCUGAGGCACUGUUUCAUCUACACUCUGCAGAUUGACUUAAUUCCCCUUCAUUUGUCUGUCAUAUAAAAUUAUUAACUAUGAAACAAUAAACCCUCUUUGAUCGUGUAAAUCAUCUUGAUUUGUCAGGUUGGACUGCGCUCCAUGAGGCUGCGUUGGUGGGCAAUGAAGCAGUGGUUAGGGAGCUGCUGAGGGCUGGAGCGAACCCCAACGCUCGAAGCUGUGAUGGCGUCACACCCCUUCAUGAUGCUGUUACUAAAGGACACUAUGAGGUGAUGGAGAAACUCACUUUGUAUGUAACAAACCUGUGUGCGGUUUAUUUCCUCUUUUUUUGUGAGAGAUGACAGUGCUUCAAGAGGAUAACUGAGAAACUAACAAAGUAAUAAACUAAAGAAAUUUAUAGAUGAGGUGUCUUAAAGGCAAAAGUAUUGCAGAUUUGGGGAGGAUGGAUGCACUCUUUCAUGAAUGGAAAACCCAGGUGUGUGGCCAAGUCUGCAAAAAUAGUAAAGGAGUUGUCAGAAAAAGCAGCCAAAACAAGUCGGCAGACAUGGGCAGGAAGAUAAUCAUUAAACGUCCUUUUUCACCAUUUUCUUUUCUCUGAUUGAAGUGCGAAGGUAAAGCAUAACCUAACCUGGCGGGGUCAAACUUCUCAUUCUGGUUCUGUCUUUCUGGUCUGUUGGAGAUUAUGAGUUAUAGUGUAAAGUGCAGGUAGAGGUGCUAACUUGAGAGCUCUGGGGAUGCACUAGCUUGGGCUGCCCACUUCCUUUCAUCUAAAAUAUCAGGAUUAAACUGAUUUUGUAGAUCAAUUUAAACCCAGUUCUACAGUAAUCUGACUGGAUUAAAACUAUUGAAUCGAAUGAAAUAUUGGAAACCUGUUGUUCAAAAGACAAAUAUGGCAAUUUCAACCCUCAAGUUUGUGUUUUUGAAAACCGUCACUCAGAGGUGUUUCAGUUUCACUGGAUGCAGGUUCACUUUUUCAACCAGACUUUGUCAAAUCUGUGUGUAAUGUGCAGAUAGUGCGGCUUCUUCUCCAGUCUGGGUCAAACACCUGUGACUGGACGGUCGGAGGCCUUAGUGCUCUGGACAUGGCGGAGGAGGAAAAUAUGAAACAGCUGCUCUUAACAUGCAGAGACUCUUUGGUUAUUCAUGAGGAGCCUCAGGAAGCAUCUGGACAACACACACAGCCAGGUGAGUUAAUCCAAGCACAUUAAGAGAUCAGUUUGAUGAGCUUUUGCUUGAGAGAAAAUGUGAUUUAGGUUUUUUAUAUCUAAGUAUAAUAUACAAAAAAUUCUGUCAUUUAAAAAAAACAAAUGGAUCUGAUUGCAUCUGUGUAAAAAAAGACUUAUUUUUGUCUUAAAAGAUUAUUUUAUUUCAAAAAUACAGAGGAGGACUGAUUGCACUGCAGACUUAACAUCCACAUUAAGCUAAAACUAUCGCUCCCACGCAGCUUUAAGAAAACCCAGAGACCUAAUGUAUUUUCUGAGUGGUGUAUCCUGCUGAGGUCUGAAUGCAGGGUUCUCUCAGGUUGUAAAUCUUCUGAGGCUCAGUGCCACAAACAGCUCCGCAGCCAGAGAAACUUCAAUCCAAACGUACGAUCCAAAGAGUCAGGUGACGGAGAUGGAGCCAGAGAGCCGGCUGACAUUCAGCAGAGAGAAAAACACACCAACACUCAGAAUGUAAGACCUUUUUACACCCUGAUCCCUUUAAAAUUCAAGUCCCCAAUUGAAACAGUCUUUACUUCUGUUUAUUGCAGCUUUAAUGUGAAACUCACAAAUGUUGAUGUAUUGUGGUUGCAACAGCUGAGUCAUUCAGAAAGCGUGAUGGCGAUUUUGGAGCAGGUUUGGGAGAAACAAACAGAAAUAUCAACAUGGCCCCUUUCAGCUCCACAGGAUGCAGGUAGAGCAGCUGCACACUAGUCAAGUCGAUUUUAGUUUACAAGUAAGAUGUCACAGGUAAACAUUUCAAACAGAUUCUGCAGCAGUAUUUAUAAACUGCACUAGAAAUACCCAAAGGGGUUUCUUCGCAGGACUAAAGGGAUACUUUUUACAGAAGUGAUUGUGUUUAAAAAUGUCAUUUACUCAUGAGUCACUGAAAUAAUCAAAAUUAUACAACUUAAGUCAAAAUUUAGUUUGAUAAACCACAUUUUAUUGUUUUGCUUGUGAAGUUAGGGACAGCAUGACAUAAACAUUAGUCAAUUUAUCAUUUAUUCAACCACGUCCUCUAUAAAUUAACAUCUUUACUGUUUUAUACUGUAUAAACCCUGUUGUACUCUGAUCACAUCUCUGACUUGCUUAUAUGUUGUCACUGUGAUUGAAAUAAGUUACGCAACUCAGUUCAAUCCGCAGAGCCGCUUCACACCUUUGGGAAAAUGUCAUUUAUCGAAUUCUAAAAAUGUCCUGUGAUUUAUCUCGAUCCUGAGUCUAAAUAAAUGUCGUGACUGAGGUGAAUUGUGCUGUUUUUAUUUCAGGCAGAUACCAUUCUGCUCUAAAACAGAUCGAGAAUCAGCUGAUUGAGUUGCUCAACAAACAGACCUUUAAGAAAGAUCAUCUCGGUCAAAAACAGAGGUCAGUGCAGAAAGUUCACAAUAAGGGUUUAAAUUGCAGCAAUCAUUUGUCUGCAUUUAUUUGUUCAUCGCUAUAAAAAGGAAAUAAAGUGUUACAUCCUCACUCCCAAAAAAACAGAAAUUGAUGGUUUGCAGAUUAUUUUACUAUAUACAUAAUUACAAAUGAGGCAAAGUCAACAAUAAAAUGUUCAUAGUCAAAAAUGAUAUUGAUUAAAGAUAGAUUUAUGCUCAUUUUUGAUGUGAUGCUCGCAACAUGUUAAAUACCUUAGGGACAGGGACAUGUUUACCAUUUCAAGCUUCAGACUCUGGUCAUCUGAGUUCCCAAACAUUAAACAGAACAAACAUUUGGGAACUCUGAUGACCAGUGCUUGGAGUUUAAGAAGUGAAUUGUUGUCCCAGCGCCAAGGGUCCCCCCGUACCCUCAGGACUGCUGGUUUCAAAACUGUCCCCUGAUAACAAGCAGAAUUGUCUCUUCCCUCUUGAGACUGGAGGCAACAGCAGCUGUGAUUUUCAAAAAGAAGGUCAAACUUUGAUUGGUUGGACCAUGGGUUUCUGUUUUUAUGAACAUGUAUAACAUAAGAACUUUUUUGGAAUUGGGGUUGUGUUUACAAUCCCAAUUCCAAUGUAUAUAUUUGAAUGUAUAUAUAACCCAUUCAAACCCUAUUUUUUUUUAUAUUAUUGACAGUCACUUAAACAUGAAUAGUGUGGACAGUUUUUUUGUUACCACGUCUCUCCACCUGGUUUAGUAAAGCUUCAUUGAGGGUUUACUGUUUCCAGAGCAGCCUGAUGUAUAAUAAAUGUCUCUGAAUCCAACUAUUUCACUCUCACUCUUUGUGUCAGCUCUCUCUGCUGACUGUCAUUCAUCCAAUCGACAAAGAAAUUCAAUUAGGAUACAGCCUCUGAAUGCUGCUGUUUUUACAGUUUGUGCCAGCAGGCUACUUAUCCAAAUAACAACCUUGUUUGCUUCUCUGUGCAGGAGAGUGUCCGACUCUCUCUGGCAGCAUGUGCUGAAAACUCAACUUGCCCCCCUUGCUUCAUGUCAGAGGAAGUUAAUACAGACCCUCCAGAGGCAGAUACAUUUGGUGAAAGUGUACGAGAUCAGAAAGGCCAAGUUGUCCACUCAACCUCCGAACCAUCACAGCGCAGAAGAGAGACAGCAGACGGAUCAGUUAAAUCUAGCUCUCAGUUUUGCCUCUUCUGAAGCUGAGGACUGUCAAAUUUAUGAAGAGGUCAUACAGUCUUCUGUGUUAGAAUCUGCAACCUUCGAACCUCCUGCUCUGCAUCAGACACAGUUGAUGAACACUUCCAAACAUACUAAAGUCCCAAAAAACAAAAGGGACACAAGGCAGAGCAGCGCCCCACAAACAAGACAUAAACUACGACAAACAAACUCCAGAAUGAAAAGAAAGGAUUCUCUGCUACAUAUGAGGGCUGAGGAUGGCAGCAGACAUCUCUCUGAGCUCAUGCAGAAGGGGGUGCUGGAGCCUGGAUGUGCCCUCCACAUCUGCAUCAAGGUAACAAGGUCUUCUUUUAGAAUUACCUGAGUAUUAGUGUAAAAUUUUCACCAAUAGUCUGGUCUUAAUGUGCUUUAAUCAAUAAUCAAUUUUGGCUGUUUUCAGUGUGUUUUUCUGACUUUAAGACUCAUUCCUGUAACUUUUAGUUUGUUUGAAUUCAAAUGACUGUUCAAAUGACCAAGAGUUUUGAACAUCCUUACAGAAGACCUUUUCAAAUAUUAUUAUAGUUUUAAACUUUAUUUCCGUACUACACAAGCUGAGAGACCUCCCCCUCCAUAGUCACUCACUUAGGCAUGGAUUUGUUUUGCAGGAACCUGUUAUUAUUUUCAAGAUUAUCAUGACCAUGAAAUGUCACAUUAACUGUAUUAUCACAAUAUUUAGGAAAUACUUAAAAUUUAAAACAACAUAGGCAGUAGAAGUAAAUCAACAUAAAUAUUACAAAUCCAUGAAUUUUACAGUUAACUUUUAUGUGAUUAUCCAUUUCCAGUCAUGUUCAAAUUUGUGAUUUGUCUUCAUCCCUGGUUGUGCAACUGAAACUCCUUUGGAGAAAACCUUACCUCACUACCUCUUCAUCUGUCCUCCCUUUUAUUAUGUGGCAAUCAACACACAGGACCUCAGCAAUGAACUCAUAGUUGAUUAAUUAAUAACUUAAUAAAGAUGGUUACCAUCAAUACUUGUAUACUGCGACAGCCCAAACAUGCAGAUAAUGUUACAGUGUCGGAUGUCCAUACUAGACCUCAGCAAAGUUUCAAAACUUCAGACGGACAAAGUUUGGUGUAAUCUGGCUUCUCUGAACAGCUGAUUUCUAGACAUAGCCUUCACCAGAUUUCAGUUUCAGAUGUUUAAAGACAUAGAAAAAAAACAUUACAACAAAUGGUGCUUCAGUAUACAGACAACGAGAUAAACCUGCACUUCAAAUUGCACAUCACAACAAGUUUCACAGCUUUACGCCUUUAUUCUUUUCAGUUUGAGGGACAACAACCGCUCAGGUAACAGCUCUUACUUUCAGUAAGGAUUCCUCUACACAUAUGUAUGCAUGGAGCUGUGGCGUUCCGUUGUGUAAUUACAGAGUUUCCUCUGUCUCAUAUUGCAGUGAGUGCCAGCUGCUGCCAGUAUAGCUUGAUUUACUGUAUGUCAGACUGCUCUGCGAGGGUCACCAGUGUCCAUACAGACAAAGAGACUUCUCACCAUCAGACACCACCCUUAAAGGGAAUCCUGUGUACCAAGUUGUCCAUCUGUUUUUACAUACCAAUCAUUUCUGACCACACAAACGCAGUUGCCUGCAGAAAAUAGAAAAGUCAGAAAGCUGCUCUGGAAUAUUAGAAGAAAAAAGUUUAUUCAAAAUAGAAUGAAAGUUCCUGAAAAUGUCAGGACAUUAUCCCAGUGAGUAUCUUUAAGGUGACUUCUACCCACAGCUCCCUGUGAGAAGCCUGGGUGGAGUUACACGGUAAGCAAUGCGAUGAAGGUUGUUUGAGAUUUUACCCUUUAGUCCUCAUCUCAGGUGUCUGUUAGAUGUUUUCCACUGUUGGGCUUCUGUCAUGGAAACCUUGUCCAAGUGCAUCUGUCACACAUACUCAGCCAAAGCUGAACUUUUCCAGUACUUUGUUCGAUGUUUCACAAAUGUCCGUAGAUGUUACAUAAGCUAAGGAAAUACUUGAGAGUUACUGGCUACAAACAUAAACAGGACUCUGGAUAAGGAGUCACUGAUAACCCUUUCGACCCUUAUUAUUGCCACAGCUACUGCAGUACAUCAUGUCUGCCAACUGAUGCUUUAUCUAGCCAGCCCUGCAGUGUUUCAAACUGGAUUUUCAGUGAAUGAGUAAAAAAAAAAAACGUGAUUUUUUUUUUUUUGUACAGGCUUGCUUACAUUGUGCUCACGUCUUGGCUGAUGGCUCUCUAAAGGACUUUAAAGGCAGAGUGCACCCAUCUCCUGAGCGUUGGCUGGAGUCUUUGUUCGGUAACUACAUCCCCGUCAGCUCAGCCUAUGCUUGGGACAAGGUAAGACACUAUGCUGCCUGGUCAGAUGAUCAUUGGACAAUCUAUAAUUUAAUGAUCCCGAAGCAAGAUUAAUCCACAGUAGUGAUCUAGCCAUCUUUGGAUCUGUUUCAGACCAGAUGUCCAGGUGUUUGUUCAUUUUAUCUCUUUCAUUUAACAGGGACAGCGUACAAUGACAACAUUUAUACAAAGAAAAAUGAAAAUACAGUUACACCAGAUUUAGUGAGCUGCGAAUUCCCAUCUGUAAUCCCAUCCGUUUUAACAAAGGAAAAUCAAAUGAUAAAAUGUGACAUGAUUAGUAGUUUUGAUAACAUUUGUGUACUCUGAUGUGCAACUAAGUUGUCUGCUAUCCACAUAUCAUCCUGCUGCACAUGCCUGAUACAAAGCAAGAAAUGUGGAUCCAUCCCCUGCUGAAAAUAGUCCCCUGCAAACGCAACGUUUCCCAUUUAAAAUAUUAAAGUUACACAACAACAAUUUGAAGAGGCUUUGAGUAGACAGUGAAAUAAGAUCAGAUGGUUGUAAUAAACUGUACUUUAGGAGGCGGAUAAGACACAGCAGUACAAGUAAGACUGCAUUUACCAGUCUCAGCUUGUAUUUGUGGAGGUUUUUAGGUUGAAACUCUGUUAUUCAUCCUGAAUGAUUGAGUUAAAUGUGAAGUUUCCCUCCUGCAGGCUCUUCUCCUCCCUAUCUUGUUGUUUGGAAUAAAGUUCUGGUCUCUGCUGUUUCCAGAUGCCAGUAGGGGACUGUGACAGGUCCCAGCAUUAGUCUGUAAAUUAUUGAGCGUUCACUGCAGAGCCGUGCACCGACACACACUUCAUUUACUCUCCUGUAUCUUGUAUCUCUCAGCGCUUGUUUAAAGGUCCUUUUAAAGCUGCUGAGAGCUAUCUGAUCUGGAUCCAGGUUUCAUAUUCCCUUCCAAGACUCCCUGAUACUCUCAUCAAUAAUUCAUCAUGUAUAAACAGACAGACGUGUGAACGCUGUUAAGAGACACUCGUGUGGAAGUCCUCUCUGUUUCCUCAGGUGAUGCUCAGAGGUGAAUCUUUGUCUUCUUACGCUCUAAACCUGGAGUCAGAAGCAAACUCACACAGUCACAAGAACCACAAGUGCUCUUCUUCUUCUUCUGCUCCAGAGGAUCAGAACUCAGGUCUGUACUUCCUGUCAGCUGAUGUGUCUCCCUCCGCACAGCUCUACAUACAUCCUGUGCCUGACAUUUCUCACACAGACAGCAGGCGGGUGCGCACUGAAGCGUGGCUCCUUGUGUGUCAAUAAUUAAUCACCUGUUUCACAUGUGUCCCACCUGGAGCCUCUGUGAGCUCAGAGACACCAGCCUCUUCAAAUUAACUUGAUAUUGUUGUUGUGGAAAAUGUAUAUAAGAUGCAGCAAAUGAAGGAGACAGAACGAGAUAUGAAGAGCAGUCUGGGUGAUUUUAUUGUUCAGACGUAAAAAUCAGUAGUCCUAACAGGAGUCCUCAAAUGAGUCACUCUAUCUCCCCUUUCACUCACUCUUUAUGCUGGCGAAUGUGCUCGUGAACGUAAUAUGUGUGUAUUACAAAGUGUGAGUCUCCUUUCCUGCCUGGUUGAACAGGAUAUCAAGGAAACCAGCCAGAAACAUAAUUUCUGUUUUGGAGUCAAUGUGGCGUUAACACAUCUGGCAAAACUCAGUUUGACUUUCCUGGCAAACAAAUCUUACAAAUGUCCAUGCUCAGUAUAAACCAUCAGUAUAACCAGCUAUGAAUUCGACCACUAUGUCUAUACUGAAGAUGUAGAGAGCAGAUUUAACUGUGUGUGUGUGUUUGUGCAGAAGAGGCCGGGCUGAAGCGUCUGAUGAGAGUCAGGACCAUCCAUUUGGUGGAGGAUGAGGAGCUGAUGCCCAACGCUCUGAUGGAUCGUUGCUGGGAGAAACUCUUACAGGAUGAAUGUCCAGACUCUCAGUGGACUUAG